AUGAGAUGGGCCGCUAGGCCUUGCGAGUACCGGAUUUCUGGGAAACCAGGUUUUCAGAGCCAGAAACUUUUUGUGUCAAAACAUUUUUCUGAUCUGACUCUAUUGUAGAGCACAUCCAGAAACCUAUAAAAAACUAGUUUUCAGAAUUUUGGAAUCUUCCACAGCCUGCCAGACGGACUUUUCUUCUCUUUUCCGUGCGCUGAGGUUUUUUUAGGGAGCAAAAACACUUCAGAAAACCCCAAAACUAGUUUUUUUAUAGGUUUCUCGAUGUGCUCUACAAUAGAGUCAGAUCAGAAAAAAGUUUUAGAACAAAACGUUUCUGGCUCUGGAAACCUGGUUUCCCAGAAAUCCGGUACUCUCAAGGCCUAGUGGCCCAUCUCAUGCCGAUAUUCGGAUUCAGCACCAUUUUUUACCUAUACUUCACUAGAUUUCAUUAAAAAAACGAUUCAUCGGUUACAUAUGUUCCCUCGUUUGGUACAUCCAUGUUAUAUUUGGACUUACGUGGUGUUGCUUUGCCGCGUAGAUACAUGAUGUCCCUUGGAAGGAACAUUCGGGUGUAACGAUAUGGAUUUUGUAUUUUUUUCAUUAUUAUUCCGAACUUCCUUUUUACCCUGGUGUGUUACUAUAAGUUUCUUUUCAAUUCUUUACUCACUGGAAAAAAUUUUGAUAGAAACAAACGCAUUUUUCUUUAAUUUUUCCAAAAACGUCGUGUCCGAACGCGUUUUUCGAAUCAAGAUGGCCCCAAGAGCGCUUCUAAACGAGCUUCUUUUUAUCUCAAGGAAGAAAAGUGUGUUCGGACGUAUCUUGUUUUUUAAAAACUGAAGAUAGUUUAGACGCUUUCCAAUUUUAUUCGGUAUUUAAAACGCACUUAGAUGGAAUUUUUAUAUUGAUCAGAGAAAAGACCUUCACAUUUGUCGGCGACGGCACUGUAGUGUUGGUUACAUCUUUUUUUCUUCAUUCGUCCAUCUUCAGAUAUGUAGCGAGUGAUCACAGAAUGACCCACGCUAACAAGAUGUUAAGAUAAAAAAAUUCACUUUCCAUGUCGUUACACCCGAAUGUCCCUUCCAAGGGACAGUGAAUCCACAGCGCUUUUACGAAAAGAAGAAUGCUACAAAAAUGUCUGCUUUGAUUUCAUUAUAAAGUACAUCCAUAUAACCCAAAACUACCAACUACAAAAUUAGAAAAUGAUUUAGUGGCUAUAAGUAUAGAAAAUAUCUAAAACCAAAAAUACAGUUUUGAACUUCAUUCAAUUUUAAAAUUCAAAAAUAUCGGAGUAAAAUGGAAAUCUUUUUUUCUUAUUUCAAUCAACAGUUAGGCUACUCUAUUGUCCUACAUUAGUAAUAAUCUAGCUUAUGGCCUGAUGAUCCGUUCUUUGUAUAAAUCUAUUACAUCAAUGUCCCUUGGCAGGGACCGCCGGGGUGUAAAGGGUUAAAGGAAAAAUGACAAUGUUAUGGGGGAAGAUUAAGGUCAUCAUUAGAAAGAGCUCGAAAAACUAUAUCGGAUUCUGUUGUGUUUGAUUCAAAGUGAAUCAAGCACCCAGCAACUAUUUUUUCGAAUAAAAACCUUGAACUAUUCAUUCAUGCAUAUAAACGGGCUUAUGUUUUUUAUAAGUGAAUCACAACUUGCUGUAUCAUUUAAAACGUAUAACAGUCAUGAAGCUAGUAUUGGUGAAGAUGCCAAAAGAACGUCAUCAUUUCAGUCGUUGCGGUAUUUAUACUCACAUUGUCUGGCACAGCAACACCCCUUUCAAACUAGUUAGAUUUGAUGAAAAAUAUGUUACUGUGAAAGUAAAAAGUUACAUUAACCAACAAAACAUUUUUAACCGUAAUUGUUCAAGCUUAUGUCACCUAUGUAUAAAUCAAAUACAAGAUAUAAUCAAUGAAUUAUUACUACCAUCACCUCCAAAACAUUCAGAUUUUUGAUAUCCUGAUCGAGAUAUGCGGGAAGCCGUCAAAAUUCACAUCGGUGAAUUUAUUGAAAAGAAAAUUGAGAACAGUAUUAUUCAAUAUGCCUGAAAGAAAGAAUGUAGAACUAUCAUAUAACAGAAAGAACAUGCAUGUAUAUAUUCUUUUCUGUACUAUAUUUGACUUGAUGUUUUAUUUCUUUCUAUGCACACUAUAGAGAGAGAGAUAAAGCAAGAAAUGGAGAAAACAAAUUUUAUCGUUUUAUCCAAAAGAAAGAUUCUCUUCACUAUCAAUUUUUCACUAUCUUGACGAAGAAUUUCGACUUUUUCGCUUCUGAUUUAGAAAAAAUGAACUUUCUAAGCAAUGUUUUAAGGUUAAAAGCACUUGUCUAAUCUGUCAUACCAAACAGUCGAAGAAAUGUUUGUUAUUUACUAUUCAAUCUAUCUGCUUUUUUAAGGAUCUUAUUACGAAGUCUUAUUUUGAUCAGAAACGUUUGCUCUACAAAGCUGUGUUUUCAAGCUGUGGGGGGGG